CUAAGUUGCCUUCAUGCAUUCAUGCAUGCAAGUGUAACGUGCUGUCCCUUCAACAGCUAACUAGCUUAAACAUAGACAACACGUUGCAAGUUCUUCUGAAUUUGGCGUCGCUGCGUACAGCUUGUAACAACUUUUUGCAGCAUUUCAAAUUUGUUUAGGGUGGCAGCAAUAAUACCAAAACUGUCGUUUUUUAUGUAGUUUCAGUAGUUUCUUCAGUGUGGUGUAUACCCUUUAUCCUGAAAUGAAUGUCACAAGACAAGCGGUUCUACAGGGAGAGGAAGUCUUUUCUGUGCAUUGAUGGGUCGAAAAUUAUCCCCUUUGAGCGGGUGAACGACGAUUACUGCGAUUGUGAAGAUGGCUCUGAUGAACCAGGCACCUCGGCCUGUCCUCGUGGCCGAUUCUACUGCACCAAUCUGGGUUUCCGCCCACACUACAUCCCAUCGUCGCGAGUCAAUGAUGGAAUCUGUGAUUGCUGCGAUGCUUCAGAUGAAUACAACAGCCACGCUCACUGCCAGAACACUUGCUGGAAUCUGGGACAGAGAGAGAGAGCAUAUGUGGAGGGCCAGAUGAGGACCUUGGACGAGGGCUUGCAACUCAAGCAGCAACUGAUUGAGGAGGGAGUGCUGCUCUGGAGGGAGAAACAGGCCCAGCUCAGAGACCUUCAGCAGGCAGCCGAGGACCUACAGAUCAAAUUAGAGGAACACAGAAGGCGGAAACAUGAGGCCGACCAACUCAAAGAGCAAACAUUAAAGGCGCUGGAAGGAGCAGACAGCAGUCUCAGACGUCACAACAGCACAAUAACCAGCAUUUUCAAGUUACUGGACAGCAAUAAAGAUGGCAGUCUAACGGUGGAUGAAGUCCAGGCUAAAGUGGCACUCAUCCAUGAUGAGGAGCGGGUUCUGUCUGACGAAGAAGCAGUGGCUUUGCUGGGAGGAAACCUUCAAAUGGAUAUUAGCAAGUUUCAGCACACACUCUGGGACAUCCUUUCUAAAGGAGACAGUGUCAAGAUCAAAGACACGCAAGACGCACCUGACAGUCUUGUGGGUGAAGAUCCUCACUUAAAGGCAGUUGACAGAGCUGCAGAGUGGGAGGCUACCAGUCUGAAGAAGGUAGAAGAAGCCUAUGAGACAGUCAACAUGGAAAUAAGUGAACUCCGGAAGAAACUGGCCGUAGACUACGGAACUGAUUGGGAGUUUCUGUUUUUGAACAGCCAGUGUUACAAGCUGAAAGUAUAUGAGUAUAUUUAUACUUUGUGCCCGUUCAGUCAAAUCACUCAAAAGAGCACCACAGGAACAGAGGUCUCAUUAGGGAAGUGGGGGAUGUGGGCAGGUACACCAAAGAACCAGUACAGUCAGAUGGUGUAUGAGAAUGGAGAACCUUGCUGGCAAGGCGGCUCACGCAGUACUACAGUCACACUGACAUGCGGAACGGAGACAGCCUUGAGAUCGGUGAAGGAGCCCAGCAAAUGCCAGUACAUCAUGGACUUUCAGACUCCUGUGGCCUGUCAGCCGGUACUAAAGCAGCGGGGCAUACACAGUGAACUGUGACCCCUUCCCUCACUGGCCUAGCCAAGAAUAUUUUAGCCCCCUCCCACAACCCUCUUGACUAGCCUGUGGUGACAAGCUGGGGUCCUGAGGGUCCCCCCUGACAUCUGUGUUGUCAGAACAUAUAUACUUCCAAGCUAGUCUUGCUAAGGUCAGAAUCAUUUUCAGUAACACUGUUCUUAGACAACUUUAGUUUUCAUUGAUUGUUACCGUUCUGCAUUACAUUGUUCAGUGUUAAUAUUUGAUGUUUAAUGAAUGAUUUAAAUAUUUCUCACACUGCAGUAUAUGCUUUAGAAGUUUACAGUUAAGGCUCGACAAAACUACUUUGUAAAUAAUUGAAUAAUUAAGUGAAACAGUUGCAGGGUCUAAUGACAUUGCCACAUGUAACUGCUGUAUCAAAUAACUGUUCAUUCAUGAGCACAAAUAAAAAGACUGUCCUUCAACUUCA